AUGAGUUUCUAUUCCAAUUUACCAUCAGUUGGAUCUAUUACAACAUCUGAUUCUUUGACCCCUACUUUAUUCGAAAUCAUUUCUUCCAAUGAAAUAAACGAUCUUUUACCAACAUCAAUAAGAUACAUUUUAACUAAAUACUGGAUUCAACACCAUCCUACUCGCUUCAACAUUGAAUUAAAUAAUUGGUUUGAUGAAUGGUUCUAUCUAAUCCUUAAAUCCACUGUUCAAUGGUACCAUCUGAAUAAAUAUGAUUCGACUUUUAUUAAUAGGUUUUAUGGAUUACAGCAGUAUAAUGGAAAAUCUAUCUUAAACCCAAAUAUCUCAUCUCAAUUCUCUUCUCCAAAUAGCAAUGUAUGGUCUUCGUUAUUAAGACUAACGAAUAGACAACGUUGUGUUCUAUUAGUACAAGAUGUUCUUAUCCCGUAUUUAAAUGAAAAACUGUCAUAUAUACAUAAUCAACUAAUAAGGGAAAGCCAAACUCUAUUCCAGGUUCCAAUGGUAAAUGAAUAUGUUUCAGAUAAAUCCCAUUUUAUUUACAAAUUGGAAGUUCAAUUGAAAAAAUUAUUUAUUAAAUGGUACCCAAGAAUUGUCAGAUUAUUAUCUUUAAUUAAUUUAAGUAUAAAAUUGAAGUUUCUAUCUGGGAAAUAUGGUUCAGAAACAACCUUAUUAGAGUAUCUUUUUAAGAUACAAUAUACACGUUGCCUACAUCCAUUAGAAACAUUGACAACAAAUAAUAGUAAUAAAAAUAACAAUUAUCAGACUGUCCCAUUUGAGUUAAACAAAAAAACAAAAUUAAAUAAUAUCUACAUUUACAGUAAACUAACUCGUAUUUUCCAUGAUUUCAUUCAGAAAAGACUUCUGUGGGCUGGAUCCACUUUAUUUCCGAGUUUUAUUUUUUUAUUAAAAGUAUAUCAAUGGUGGAAUCAUGAGAAUAUUACUAGUAAAAUAACCAACUCAUUGAAUCAAUUAAAUAAGUACGUUCCAAAACCACCACAAGCUAGAUAUGUACCUAAUAGCGAUGAUAUUUCUAGUCAUAAGAAAUGGAAAAAUGACAAAAAUCAUUGUAUUAUCUGUCAAAAUGUUAUCACCAAUUCUUGCAUAAUAGAGACUGGUUGCAUUUCAUGCUAUCCUUGUAUGGUUCAAUAUUUAAAAAAUCAUAUGGGUAAAUGCCCCUUAACUGGUAAAACUCUUCUUGGGUAUAAUCAAGAUGACCCACAUAAUUUUGGACAGAGUAUCCGUAGAUUAUUGAUAUAG